AUGAGAGGCGCUCCCUUUAUAGCCCUUGCAGGAAUGCUCAUCGGCUCAGCCUGGGCAGAUCCGACCUGGCCGGCCGAGAUUGACGAGCUCGAGGAGAUCAUGUUCCAGCUGGAGUCGUUUAGCGCCCGCAAGUUUGCCGACACGGUCAGCCCGUGCAGCAACGAGGCGUCGGGCCCGGGCCGUAUCAACGCGGCCGAGUGGCUCCGCACGGCCUUCCACGACAUGUCGACGGCGAGCGUCUACUUUGGCACAGGCGGCCUAGACGGGUCGCUCCAGUAUGAGCUGACCAACACGGAGAACCUGGGCCCCGGCCUGACUACGACGAUCGAGUUCAUGGGCCCCUACAUAUCGAGGAAGUCGAGCCUGGCCGACCUCCUCGCCCUGGGGGUGUACAUGUCAGUCCGGUCGUGCGGCGGGCCGGCUGUGCCCAUCCGCGCGGGUCGCAUCGACGCAACGGUAAAGGGAAACACGGGGGUCCCGCAGCCGCAGAACUCGGCGUACACCCUCCAGCAGCAGUUCGACCGCAUGGGCUUCACGAACGAGGAGAUGAUCCAGGUCACUGCAUGCGGGCACACGCUGGGCGGCGUGCACUCUGACGAGUUUCCGGACAUCGUCACCGAGGGCACCGGCACGGACGACCAGAUCGGCCUCGACGACACGGCAGCCGUGUUUGACAACGCCAUCGUGACCGAGUACCUCAACGGGAGCACGACUAACCCACUGGUUGUGGGGCCUUCGGUCAAGGUGUCCAAGAACAGCGACUUCAAGGUCUUCGACUCGGACGGCAACAAGACGAUGCAGGCGCUCGCCGACGCCGCCACGUUCCGCAGCACCUGCAAGGCGGUGCUGCAGAAGAUGAUCGAGGUGGUCCCCCCGGGCGUCAACCUCACCGACGACCCGAUUACCGCCUAUGCCGUCAAGCCGGUCGACAUGCAGCUCACGCUGACGGCGGGGGGCAAGUCUUUCCUCUGGACGGGCUUCAUCCGGGUCAAGACGACGGGGCUGGCCGACGACACCAUCGACAGCGUGCAGAUCACGUACAAGAACAGGGAGGGCACGUGCAACACGAGCAGCUGCACCGUCUCAGCCACGGUCCAGGGCUUGGGCCGGGGCUUCGACGACACAUUUGCCUAUUUCCCCAUAGAGGCCACCAUCUCUGCAUCGACGGGUAUAUCGUCCUUCACCGUGACGGUCAAGUAUACCGACGGUACGACGGAGGACUACGACAACAACGGGGAGAGCUACCCCCUGCAGGACGGCAUACUUAUCCAGAAGCCGCAGUCGUGUCUGCUCUCCUCGUCGGGUGACGUCACCCUCAUCGCUGCCGUGCGGAACGACCUUGUCGGCAGCGACGAUGCAUCGGCCUUUAUAUCGUACAAGACUGCUCAGACGACCAGUCCUGUGCCACGCGUGCAGAACAAGACCAUCAACCUGGAGGCCGGGGACUGCGUGGGCGAGUACACCUUCUUCACGGCUAACUGGACGAUCCCCGGGGGGCUGGCGUCGCAGUCUUAUAUCGACGUGCAGGUCGGCGAGUACGUGGAUGAGUUCAAGGGGGCGGGGGGUCAGACGUCAGGGACGCCGUCUCCGACAUCAGGUUCAGUCACUACUACUACCACCAAGGCAUCAGUGGAACCCUCGUCGGGAACGACUACGAAGAUGUCGCUGACGGCAUCGCCUGAAACGACUACGAGAAGCACCAGCACCAGCACCGCCAGCACCACCAGCAGUACCUUGGCGUCAUCCACCGAGACAGCAACAAGUACAACAAUCGCGACAUCCGCUGCCCCCGCUCCAUCGCACAUCGACGAGGUAGGCAACUACACCCUAGUAGGUUGCUGGGGCGAACCAGCCAACGGCCGAGCGCUCAGCCAAAAGACGACAUCCGACGACUCCAUGACCAACGCCCUCUGUGCCGCAUCCUGCUCCGGUUUCCGCUACUUCGCAACGGAGUACAGCCACGAGUGCUACUGCGGGAGCUACCUGUCGUCGUCGUCGGCGGCGGCCCCGCUGUCGGACUGCUCCAUGACGUGCUCCGGCGACGACGCGUCAUUCUGCGGCGGUCCCAGCCGUCUAGAGCUAUUCAUGGACCCGGACAUCGACGGCGGCGACCCGGAGCAACCCGCCGCAGCGGGGGAUUUCGUCUGGCUAGGCUGUCACACCGAGGGCGACGGCGUCAGGGCGCUGAGCGGAGCGGUCAAUACGGGCGACGACAUGACAAAUGAGGCCUGUGCGGAUUUCUGCGAUGAGUACGAGUACUUUGGCACGGAGUAUGGGAGGGAGUGCUACUGCGGUGAUGAGCUUGGUAAGGGGGUAGAGGAGGUUGACGAUGAUGGUGAGUGCGGUGCCCUGUGUGCGGGUGAUGUCAAGGAGUUUUGUGGGGGUUCGAAUAGGUUGAGUGUGUAUAGGAGGAUGGAGACGGCAGUUUUGGAUAUCGUGGGGGAUGAAGAGUAG